AAAGGAAGAAGUUUACAAGCGCGUCGGAGAAACUUUCAAGAAAGAACAGGUCAACUGAUAAGAUCACAGUGUAUCUGGAGUGGACGUUGACCACCAUUGCAAUCCUCAAGUAGCCAAUAUCUUGAUCUUUGAAAACCAUCAAAAUGAACCUCACCUCCCAACUCCUGGACCUCAUGCUGGAGGCUUCUAACCUCUCUCGCUGGCAGUUCAUCCAGGAAUAUUCCAUCCCUCCUUUGGUGGUAGUACCCAGACUCCCUAGCUCCCUGCUUCCAGUGUUUGGCCUGGUCUAUGUGCUCAUCUUUGGGCUUGCAGUGGUUGGCAAUGGGGCGGUGCUGGUUCUCUUAUGUCGAAGAAAGGCUCUGCAGUCUCCCAGCACUUUCUUCAUUUGCUCUCUGGCACUCAGUGACCUCCUGAUCUCCAUUGCGUGUGUUCCUGCAACACUGCUGCAACACUUCUUCACUAACUGGUUGGCAGGGGAUUUUCUGUGCAAGUUAAUACCUUUCCUUCAAGUGACAGCCAUAGCAACCAGCAUGCUCACCAUGACAUGUAUUGCUGUCGAGCGUUUCCAGGGAAUCCUUUAUCCUUUGCAUGUCCGCAACAGCUACUUCCUUUGCCAUGCCUUCAAGACGCUCGUGGCUGUGUGGCUGGUUGCCCUGGCAAUCGCAGCUCCCAUGUGGUUUGUCCAGAAAGUGGAGGUCAAAUAUGACUUCCUGUUCGAUGUUUACCACACCUGUUGCUUAGAAGUAUGGCCAAGCCAUCAGCAGAGGAGAGCCUACACUACCUGUCUGUCGGUUCUGGUUUUCAUGGCCCCCUUGGUGAUCAUGGCCAUCCUGUACUGGAAGAUAACCAGAGAGCUUUGGGGCAAACACAAAGUGCAUGACGUCAUGUUCAAAACACUCCCAGGAUCUGAAAUCAACAAGAUUACCAGGAGAAAAAAACAUGCCGUAAGAAUGAUGGCCACCGUGGUGCUGCUCUUUGCUGCCUGCUGGGCACCUUUCCAUCUGGUCUCCCUCCUUGUCGACUAUGGUAACACAAAACAUCUUGUGCAAUUCUCUCUCCUUUACUAUUGUCAGUCUUUCCUUUAUUCACAGCUAGAGUCCACAAAACAGCAUUUUAAACACUUGUCUGUCUUCCAGGACCUCCUUUUUAUCAGCCAGUUAUUAUCCUUUCUUUGGGAGUACCGGAACACAUUGUUACUAUAGAUCCUGUACACAUCGUUCUUGUAAACCCUUGUCAUGGAGUCAUUUGUUGUGUCUAUCCAAUCUCAGGUGACCGUUGUAAGUGGCAGUACUAUGCAGAACCACUAUGUGACACAAAUCCCACUCACAUUCCCCCCCAUUUUAUUUCCUCUGUUCCAUUUCUCAAAUUAACUGUAAGCCUUUAUUUCCACUCUCUCCUUUCUAGCCAUUAACUGAUCACUGAAAAAAAAAAAAAAAAAAA